AGAGAGAGAGAGAGAGAGAGAGAGAGAGAGAGAGAGAGAGAGAAAGAGCUCACGUGGGAUGUGUUUGUGUAUCAGUGUUUUCUCUCUUCUUUAGUGUUUUAUUGAGUGUAAACAGAGUCUUUUCUCUGUGUAUUUUAGUGUUGAGAUGUUGAUGAUGACAGAUGAGAUGUGCUGUAAAUCAGUAGGAACUGAUCUGUCCAUGCUGGAUAUUGAUGAUUUCAUCACAGAAAUCUCUCAGCUGAAGAAAGAGGUGGCGUUACUGGAGACAAAGCUGAGGUCAAGAGGAGAUGAAGGAGUGAAGAGAGAGGAUGUGGAUGUGGUUUGUUGUGAAUCUUCAGUGUAUGUGACUGAUGGAUGUCUGGAUUCAGUGUGGAUGAGCAGAGAUCAGAGCCGCACACCACAGCCACUGCUGGACUCUAAACUCUCUGAAGAGAAAUCCAGACACACACAGGACUCAGAGCUCAGUCUCACUUUACUCUCUUAUACUGAGUCAAAGCCCACAGACGCUCAGGACACUGUGUGUGACAGUAAUCAGGGCUUACAGGAUGAGGAAUCUACUGAUCAAACCUCCACAGAGUCUCUGGAUUCUGUCUGUAACGCUGGAGAACAGCAGCAGAUCCUGCAGACCAGACUGAAGAUGUGUUCAGUCAAACUGAUUGACUGCAGGAACCUGAUGAUGAAGAUUAAAACAGAACCCACAGAAGAGGAAGAUCACACUGAAAAAGAUGAAGACAAUCGUGCAGAUGAUUUAAAUCCAUCAGAAAUCGAGACUCAUCAGACCAGGCAACAUUUUUUCACUCUUCAGCUGUCCAAUUUUGAUGUGAAGAGUGAACCAUGUGAUGGAGAAACGUCCUCAACAUCAGAAGAUCGACUGACAGCACAAACUCUUUCCUGCAUCACCUGUGGAAAGACAUUCAGCUCACAGAGACAUUUAGACACACAUGAGAGAAAACACACAGAACAGAAACUCAGCUUUACUACCUUACAAGAGAAGAAACUUCAUCGUUCAAAAGUGCACGGAGAAAAGAAGAAGAAAAAGAAGUUUCACUGCGAGCAUUGUGGGAAGAAUUUUGACUUCUUAUCUCAGCUGAAAGUUCACAUGAGGACACACAGUGGUGAAAAAUCUUUCUGCUGCACUGAAUGUGGAAAUUACUUCAGCACCAAACAAAGUCUUGAUGCUCAUCAGAGAAUUCACACAGGAGAAAAACCAUACGAGUGUCCUCACUGUGAGAUGAGAUUCAGACAAAAAAGCAAUCUGAAAAGACACGUGUUUAAACACACCAAUGAGAGACCGUAUCAGUGCAGUAAAUGUGACAAGGCCUACAAGUUUUCAGCUUCAUUAAAAUCACACCAGAAAAAUCACUCUGAAGAGAAACUUUAUCAAUGUUCAUUCUGUGAUAAACAUUUCUGUCAUAAAUCUAAUCUUAUAUGCCACAAGAGGAUUCACACUGAAAAACCUUACAAAUGCUCUCAGUGUGAGAAGACGUUUACUCAGUCAGGUCACUUAAAAAUCCAUGAGAGACUUCACACUGGAGAGAAACCUUACGCCUGCUCUGAAUGUGGAAAGAGAUUCGCUUAUCUAUCUAAUGUCAGAGUUCAUCAGAAAGUUCACACUGCAGAGAAAUCUCAUCACUGUAGUGUUUGUGGGAAGAGUUAUGGGCGGCAUAAUAGUUUAGUAAGGCAUCAUAGAAGUCAUACAGUUGAAAGACCUUACAAAUGCUCUCAGUGUGAGAAGACGUUUAAUCAGUCAAGUAACUUAAAAGCCCAUGAGAGAAUUCAUACUGGAGAGAAACCUUAUCACUGUAGUGUCUGUGGGAGGAGUUUUGGGCGGCGUGAUAAUUUUGUAAUGCACCAGAGAACUCAUACAGGUGAAAGACCUUUCAAAUGCUCUCAUUGUGAUAAGACAUUUAAUCAGUCAAGUCACUUAAAAAUCCAUGAGAGAGUUCACACAGGAGAGAAACCUUAUGUCUGCUUGAUCUGUGGAGAUAGAUUCACUCAGUCUGGAAGUCUUCAGUAUCAUCAGAAGAAACACACUGAAGAACAAACUACACUGAAAUUGUCACAGUGCCUUAAACGCUUUACACACUGACUGCGUAUAUUCCACCUGAAUGUUCGCCUUGAUAAUAUGCUAGAACAAAAACAAUGCAUUUCUAUGAAUUACUUCACAUUGAUUUGUUCUUUAGUGAACGGAUGUUCAGAAGUGCUAACUUAACAGUAACUGGUUUUGGCCCUGUGUCAAUCUCAGAAUGACGUCAAAUAGGCAGUAGAUUAGAAAGAAGGCGGCACUCUCCAGCCACACAGCAAUUCUAUCACAUGUCAGGACAGAGAUAGGAAAAGCUAAAGGGACAUUGGGCUCCCGCUUGUUCUGUAAAUAACUAUGAUUAAGUGUGCUUGCAAAAGCACACUUAUUGUUCUUCUUAAGUUUUAUUAUUAUUUUUCCCGGGUAGAUUUUUUUGGCCAGCUCUAGCGAUUAGACCGUUUGACACAGAGACACCGUUCAAACUUUAAAAUGUUCGGGCAGUACCGGUGUAAGUUGCUUGAGAAGAUAAGGUCACAGAUCAAUGUCGUUCUUCCGCCAUAUUGGAUAGAACACAAAACCUUAAAAAAGUUUCACAGGUCACAAAUUUUGUCCAAACUUUACGAAAAUCCACGUACACGAUCCUUGGACCAAGCCUCACAAAAGUUACUAGAAGGAUUUUUGAUUUUCGGAAGCGUUUGCCCGUCACAGCUCAAACUAAAUGUGCGUCGACGCCGCCAAAACAGGAAGUAGUUUAUAUCUUAGGAACGCUUUCACGUAUUGAAACUAAACUUUGUACAUGAAUUUGGGUCUCAAAUGUGAGGAUGCACAACAUGAAAAUAACAUUUUUUUUCUAAAAUUUUACGCCGCCAAACAGGAAGUAGUUUAUAUCUCAGGAACGCUUUCACAUAUUGAAACCAAACUUUGUACAUGAAUUUGGGUUUCCAAUGUGAGGAUGCACAACAUGAAAAUAACAUUUUUUUUCUAAAAUUUUACGCCGCCAAACAGGAAGUAGUUUAUAUCUCAGGAACGCUUUCAUGUAUUGAAACCAAACUUUGUACAUGAAUUUGGGUUUCCAAUGUGAGGAUGCACAACAUGAAAAGAACUUUUUUUUUUCAAAAAUUUUACGCCGCCAAACAGGAAGUAGUUUAUAUCUCAGGAACGCUUUCAUGUAUUGAAACCAAACUUUGUACAUGAAUUUGGGUUUCCAAUGUGAGGAUGCACAACAUGAAAAUAACAUUUUUUUUCUAAAAUUUUACGCCGCCAAACAGGAAGUAGUUUAUAUCUCAGGAACGCUUUCAUGUAUUGAAACCAAACUUUGUACAUGAAUUUGGGUUUCCAAUGUGAGGAUGCACAACAUCAAAAGAACAUUUUGUUUUCUAAAAAUUUUACGCCGCCAAACAGGAAGUAGUUUAUAUCUCAGGAACGCUUUCAUAUAUUAAAACCAAACUUUGUAAAUGAAUUUGGGUCUCCAAUGUGAGGAUGCACAACAUCAAAAGAAAUUUUUUUUUCUAAAAUUUUACGCCGCCAAACAGGAAGUAGUUUAUAUCUCAUGAAUGCUUUCAAGUAUUGAAACCAAACUUUGUACAUUAAUUUGGGUCUCCAAUGUGAGGAUGAACAACAUCAAAAGAAAAAACAUUUUUUCUAAAAUUUUACGCCGCCAAACAGGAAGUAGUUUAUAUCUCAAGAACGCUUUCACGUAUUGAAACCAAACUUCGUACAUGAACUUGGGACUCCAAUAUGAGGAUGCACAAACUAAAUCUGCGGCACCAGAGCAAGCACACUUUUGCAGUUCCUCCGGAAAUGCAUUUUCUAGUUGUUACUGCUUUCGUAGCGGGGACCCAACACAUAUCAGUUUUAUUGUUCCAGAGAUAACAAAUAAAGAUAAUGAGAAUAUAUGGUACUGGCGUCUUUAUUUAGUCCAGCACACAAUGCAUGUCUCCAUUACAACAACCUCCCUCUAGGGAAUGCACGUCAUCUUAUAUCACAUUACUGCCACCUGCAGGCAUCAAUCAGUACUCAUCACAAUAGAUACUUAUUACAUCUUCCUUUUUUAACAACACAUUAGAUUCACAAUUACUAAUAAUUCACAUCAGCCCAACUGUAAAAAAAAUCAGCAAUCAAUUCAUCAAUAUAUGUAAAAAAUCUACAAUCAGUUCAUUAUCAUAAGUCCAUUCGAACAGGAACUUUUCGAAAUUCGAUUAGUUCUCCGUAAUAGAGGCAUGUCAGUCUUUGGUACAGAUAACUUGAGUUCAGGAAUUUGUUCAGCAGAAUUUAACAUACCCGGAGUUAGCAUUUCAUGACAUUGCAGAUCAAUAAGAGGCAUUUCACAAGACUGCAGUUCUGCAGACAGGGUUGGCUCAUAAACAAGAGGACAUUUCUCUGGAGUAGGGCUGCACGAUUCCAGGAAAAAUGAUGAUCACGAUUGUUUUGCUCAAACUUUUGAUCACGAUUAAAAAUACGAUCAUUCUUUUAGUGAAGAACUUCUAUUUACUUCAGUAUUUUUAUUACACUUUACAGCCAUGUAUAUAAUAUUAUAUACAUUUUAUAUUCCUAUAUUAUAAAAUAUUUUAUUGUUUUGUAAUAUCCACAGCUCCAAUUCUCUUAGAUCUUUUUAAAACAUUUAAAAUAAUUCCGCAAAAAGAAAUCCGCAGAAAUAACAAAAAUAACUCCUUACACAGAUUCCUUACAGCUGUACGACUAUUGCAGCAAUUAAAGCAGUUCAGUUUUAACUGUCAAAAUUAUAAAAUAUCUUUUAUUUAUUUUAGAGCCUUUUUUGUUUGUUAAAUUAAGGUUUUUGAUAAUG